AUGCCCACCAGCACAUCCCAGCAACCAACCAUGAUCCAGUCCCAGCCGGCAACGGCCCCAGGAGCCAACAACUCGGGUCGUCUCAAAUACGCAGAUCCCCGAGAUCUUCCUAGUUAUCCAUCUGCUGGCCUUCGUCCUGACGGUGCUGCUGCAAGUGCUGCCGCUUCUCUUGGAUGGUCUAACCAAAAGCCGAUCGAACUUUGGAAACCCGACAAGACGUCAUCGGCAUCCGCAGCCGCCGCAUUAGCAAAGAACUACAAAAUGGCACCAACAUGGGAGCCAGCAUCCAACUCCGAUGGCCACAAGGCCGCACUUCUAGCCGUUGGUUCAGCCACCGCCGCAUUAAACCAUACACCAAGCCAGCAAAAGUCUCAUGAAGGAUGGGGGAAUUCUGCUGCUACUCAAGCUGUCGGCUCUGCAAACGCUGCAUUGAACCGAUCAUCAAGUCAACGCAAGGCUCAUGAAGGAUGGGGAAACUCGGCUGCCACCCAAGCAUUUAAUACAAAUCGAACCAACUCCAUGCGACAAGCUAAUCCAAGAUCAUCCGAUACUUCGCUACAGGGGCAAAAGUCUCUUGCUGCAGCCAAAGGAGCCAUGUCAACUACAAGACGUCGGGCUAAAUCUACACCAUCAGCUCCUGAUAAUUUCGUCCAACCAUCGCUACAGUCUAAUACCCGACCCGAUGCCCUCAGUGGAGCUACCCUUGCGCAUAAGGCGAGCAUGAAAUCCAGGCCAGCGACCGAGAACGGAGGUGCCGUACCAGUUACUACCAUGACCCGUAACAUGUUCACGUCUAACCCUCCGGUCAAGCCGGAGGUGGAUGAGCGACAAAACAACGAGCAACUUCACGCAUCAGCGGUCGCGAUGGCCAGAAAGAUGUACCUUUCCCAGCAAAAGGUUAUCGACGAGGCCAAAGAGAAUCACGGACGAGACUCUGAUGUGGCACAGCCUAAGCCAUACGUCAACCUACAAGAUGCUGCAUACAAGCAGGCACAGGAACGACUGGCGAAACUCGAACAGGAACACCAGAAGAACCGAGACUUCCAGUCAUACUACGGAAACGAUGCGUCAACUCCGAAGCGGCGGUUCACAUUGAACAAAUUACGUCGUCGAUCUUCUAGUGAUGGUGACAUGCAAGACCGUCAGCAGUCAGAGAAGAUCCGUCAACAGAUGUCGCUCUUUUCCAAUAAGCUUACAGAGGUUGAUCAGAAGAAGCGUCAAGACGACCGCAACGCGCUGCUGGCUGCGGCACAACGUAACGUCAAGGCUCGUCUGCAAGGCAUGGACGAGAAGGUAUACAAUGAGACUGGUCAAGUCAACCCGACUCUGAUGAGCGAGUGGGAAGUGAAGGCGCAUCAGCUGGCCAAUGCUAGUCACGAAAGCCGCAAUGAAAACAAGGGUAAAAUUGACAUUGGAGGUGGAAAAUUCAUGGAUCCUCAUGAUGUUGAUGCCAUUGCAGCCAGAAGAAUGCAACCUCUUUUGGACGACAUCAAUGAGAAGGCCGAAAUCGAACGGGAACGAUUGGCUACGCUCAAGAUGGAAGAAGAAGCCAGAAAAGCUGAACAGGAGAAGCAAAAGGCACGUGAGCGUGAGAUCAAGGAAAUCACCAAGAAGCUUAAAGAUCAAGAAAAGCAGGAGUACAAGGCCAAGAAGGCCGAGGAAAAGGCUGCUAAAGCGGAAGAAAGGCGCUUGGCCAAAGAGCAACAAAAGGCCAGGGGUGACACCGCCGUCUCUGGCGAGGAAGCCAUUGAUGAUGGCGACAGCACUCGAAGUGAAGAUGCUGCAUCUUCCCCUGUUGCUGCAGCUGGCACCGGUUCAACUGAGCCGAAUGCGCCAGCAGCCAUUGAUACGGAGCCGGGCACCGCUGAGCGAGGUCGAAGAAAGCCCAGUGAUGCAGCAUCGCCAACGUCCAAGGUCAAAGGAUGGAUCAAGAACCGCUUCUCAAGGGGCAAGUCUCUUGGAGAGAAAGACCGUGAGAGUCAGGGUGAAAAGAGAGGAAGCUUCGUUGGUGGUGCCGCUCUCAGAGACCCUGACACCAACCAGAGUGCUACAAGUCUUGAUAACCGGGCGACUAGCAUGCGAGAUGUCGCACUUGCUGGCCGCGGCACCAAUGGCGAGUCGAGCGACCGCGAACGGGAUGCACUGCAUGAUUCACGAGGGGUGAGCCCUGUGAGCAGUGAUUCUGAUGAUGACGAUCAGGUCCCUGCCAUCACACCUCCCCCUGUGAUCAAGGACCCUGCUGCGCGGGAAAGUCACAGUCCUUCAAGGGACUCUAGGUUUAGAGAAAACUUGGACAAUUGA